GGCUGCAGAGACUCAGAAUCUCCGCUCGCUCUCACGGAACACGGACUUUUCACUGAAGCUUCUCUUCUCACGGAGUCUGACACGAGACCGACACCGGGACCGGGUCUGGAUUUACCGCCUGACGGGACUUUUACUGCGGAACUGAAGAAACGCGACAGCGGAUAUUUUCUCCUGAUCCUGGAUCUGUUGGAUUAUUUGACUCAAGUCAACAUGACUCUGGAGGAGGUGGUCGGGUCCAACAGCACCGACAAGAAGAUGCAGACGGUGAGUCAGGCGGUGGAGGAGCUGCUGGCCGCGGCGCGGCGGCAGGACUGUCUCACGGUGGGAGUGUACGAGUCCGCCAAACUCAUGAAUGUGGACCCGGACAGCGUGGUCCUCUGCGUCCUCGCCACCGACGAGGAGGACGAAGGCGACAUCGCGCUGCAGAUCCACUUCACGCUGCUUCAGGCUUUCUGCUGCGACAACGACAUCAACAUCCUGCGGGUCUCCGGCGUGCGGCGCCUCGCGACGCUGCUGGAGGAGGACGGCACCGGCAACGAGCCGCGGGACCUGCACUGCAUCCUGGUCACGAACCCGCCGGUGCAGCCGCUGCAGAGUCCCGCGCUGCAGGACGUCAGCAGCUUCUGUGAGGAGAGCCGCUGCCGGAACCAGUGGGUUCCGUUCCUGCAGCUGCAGGACCGCUGAGCCGAGUCGAGCCGAGUCGAGCCGAGCCGAGUCGGAGGAAACAGUCCAAACAGCCGUCCUCGUGACGAAGAGGAUUUACGGUGUUUUGAGUAAAGAAGCGGGACCGGAGCGGGCCCCGGCCGGGGGGAGGGGCCUACCUGCCGCCUGACUGGUGGAUGAGUUGAGGUCCCGGUCCCGGUACCGGUACCGGUUCUGGAUGUGGACCGGAAGGGUUCGGGUCCUGGAGCUGCAGAGGGCAGACAGCGACAGACUGUCACGUGACUGCACUGAAGUGGGCGGGGCCCAGCUGAGAGAUGCAGGUGUUGGCGGGAGAAGCUGCUCACCUGUCCGUACGGUGACGUCAUACUAUUGAAAUCAUCGCUUGUUGUUGUUGUUAGUGACGCGAUGGAGGAGACACUGACGUCACAGAGUUAAUGUAUGAGUUGAAUUCACCUGUUGACUUAUUGUUUCAUAUGUGGCGAAUAAAUUACUGACGAGAAA